AUGUCUGAGAAAUUAUACACAGUCAACAUAUGCAAUAAAACUAGCUUCAUUUUGUUCAGACAUAGUCACAGAAUUCGGCACGGAAGCUGGGUUACAUGGCUUCCAGAGAAAAUUAAACCAUCAUCAAGUGUAUCUGUAUCUUUCAAAAAUAGUAGAUCAGGCCACUCCUGUAGGUCCACCUUGCAGUAUGGAGCGAUUCUCGAGGGGAUUUUGCACAUUUUCGAGUUCAGACUGGAGAAAUCGUCUGAUAGUGACGACUACUACUGCUGUUUCAAGCCUGUACAAAAAAGAGAUAACGUUGUGACCAAUGACAGUUUUAAGUUGCUUAACAAUGUUCCGGAGAACAUAUGUAAAAUAAAUAUACAAAUUAUAGACCCGAACAAGGCCAGUUUCAUAGAGAGUUCCGAGACCAUAUAUAUAGUAAACAUUGAGGAGACUCCAGAGGGAUACGCAUACGUGGCUUCGCUCAGAAACAAGUUCAACUCGAAGGUCUCGAUGCUACAGGAGCAGUACCACAAGUGGAGCCACAGUUACUUCGUCGGCAUGGAGCUGAUGAACCUGUACAAACGCGCCCCCUCGGACUUCUGCUGGGACUACAGCAGGCUCGACCUCAUCAACAACCUGAGGAAGUCGAACGUUUCCGUGCUCGUCAGGAUCGUGAAUUUGACCAGAAAGGAGAUGAGGCUGGGCCUGAGCGCCUCGAACAUUCACAAGAGCUGCGUUUUGGAGGAGGGCGUCUGGGUUGGCUUCCCGAACGAGGAAAUUGGACGGAUGUGCGGAACCGAGUUCGGGUCGAAGACCGGGGGCUUCCUGGGCGGAACGAUGGGCCGCUGCGUUUACUCCAUUCUCGGCGAGUCCGGAAGCCUCACCUUCACCUGGGACCGGCCCUCAAUAGGCCCCUUCUCCGCCAAGUGCAAGCACUCGCUGAACAAGUACUCCGUCAUAGUCCACACUGAGUCCUCGAAUCACUCUACUGCCAUAUUCCACAUCAUAGACAAUCUUUCAGCGCCCAUACAAAUAUUGAGUGCGAGAGCGGUGUCUCCGAGGCUCACAAGUAAGUAUAAUGGGCCGAAGCUGCUUCAAAGGUACCUCGACCCUGGCACUGCAAUUCAGCCGAGCGGUUCCGACACCAGUGUCGAUGAACUGAUAAUCACCCCCUUCCUAACAAAGCUGCAGGGCUCGCAAGGGUCAAACGGGGGCCUUAGUGACCCAAGUAGCGUUGAUUUGCCUAAUACGGAUCUAUUCGUGAAAAGCCCAAAGCACUUUUUUGGCAGCGUUAACUCCACCAAUAUCAACUCCCCGAUAAACAAAGUUCCCCCGGACAGCAGCAUUUACAUCGAGUGGAUGAUCGGCAAUGAGAUAUUUUGCAAAUUGUUUAAGUUUGACGAGAAGAUACACCUGAGUUCCUCAGUUAUUUCCGGAGUCUCUGACAACAAGGCCGUGGUACUCAACUCAGUGCUCCUGAGAUUGGACUUCCGUUCAAUGUUUAGGACCGGGGACUCGGACAAGGUGGCGAAACUUUCAAAUGGCGAUGCUGAAGGCCUGACCAGACCGUAUUUGCGAACUUUUAAGCAGGAGGAGCUGCUGGACUACGUGGUCGUAAUAUUCCACUCAGUCUGCGACGCGUUCCAGCCCUAUAUAAACAAGUGUAUGACCAAAAAGUUCGGAGUCGAUUGGCUAAAAUAUUGCAAGUUGCCUUCGGGGCACAUUUGGAAGAACCAGGAAACCGUCAGAAUCGACCUUGAGGGGAUAGUGUACAUAGUCACCGCCUACUGGAUGGAAAUCUUCGAACAUGUUCUGCUGGAGACUACACAUUUGAACAUUAUACAGACCGCAGCUAUUUACUGGGCCAAUCAGGAGUUGCAACGAUUCGACUCCAACUACGUUUGGGAUGUUUUACAAUCCGCAAAGGUGCUACUUCAGAAACUUAAGGCUGAUAGCUACCUUAAAAACAUCGAGUUUAUUUCCAACAAACUUGUUCAAUCCCAAUCAAUUUAA